AUGGGUUGCUCUCUGUCGAAGAAGAAGAAUGCAAAACGACCACCAGGAUAUGAGGAGCCUGAUCUUCUUGCCUCUGUUACGCCAUUUACUGUAGAAGAAGUGGAGGCUUUGUAUGAACUGUUCAAGAAGCUAAGCAACUCAAUUAUCGUCGACGAUCUUAUUCAUAAGGAAGAAUUUCAGCUGGCUUUAUUCAGAAAUAGAAACCGGAAGAACCUUUUUGCUGAUCGG